AACCAGUAUAUUAGAAAGUGGAAUAGCGGAGAACAGGAAGUGAACGCAGCUGGCCAAUCAGCUCCACGGAAAAGUGUCAUGCGCGUCAGAGCCUGAGACAGUGUGGUGUGUGUGAGUGAAGGUUACAGAAUAUACCAGAGCUUAAACAUUAGUGAGAAAUAAAUGGAGUUGUGGUGAUUUAACUAAGAUUAAAUACGGUUGAUUACUUUAAUUAUUCUCCACUGACUGCAGACUGAGGUCUCUCUGUUCUGUUCUGCAGCCAUGGCUGGUUUGUCCAGCUACGCCAUCCGCAUGGGAAGGCUGAGCGCGCAGAUCUUCAGCGAAGUUGUGCGUCCGACAGACCCCAAAUCCAUGAAGGUGGUCCAGCUGUUCCGGGAACCCCCCAUGGCCAAGACUAAGGAAGUGUAUGAGUGGUACCCUCAUCACAAGAUUUACUUCGCCAUGACGCAAAAGCUCAGGUUCAUGGGACUCUUCAGGGACGAGCAUGAAGACUUCAAAGACGAAAUGCGUCGCCUGAGGAAACUAAGAGGAAAAGGGAAACCGAAGAAAGGAGAGGGGAAGAGAGCGGGCAAAAAGAAAUGAGCUGUGACAAUUCUGCAUUCUACAGUCGUUUGACAGGACUUAAAAUUGUUUUUUGUCUUUUUAUGGAGGCAGAUAACAGUCGACUGUGUACACUAUCAGUAUGUCUGUAUGGGGGGGCAGCUAAUCCUGAAAGAAUUCCAUUGGUGGGGUCAUGACUGUCCUGUUGUUUUGUCUGAAGCUUCAUUAUGUUGGCAUGAAGAAUACCUGAGGUCAGCAUGAAACAUUCUCCUCUAUGUCUGUUGUGCUCAUGUGAAUACCAUCCUGUUACAGUUGAACGUGUAUGAGCUGUUGUAUUCGAGUUCCAGUAUGAAGAAAAUAUUAUUAUUGUACCUAAUGCUGAGGUCUUUAGCUACGACGUGACAUAAACACACUGAUCACUGUGAUCGUACAGACGGACUUAAAAGUUCUACUGUCGUGUCUUUUAAAGAUUCAUGGAUUAAUCACAUUUUGGGAGUAAUGCUGGCAGCUCACAGGUUGUUAGCCGCUGCUAGCUCCACUGUCAAAGGAAUGGUUGAAAAACGAUGGAGAGAAACUGAUAUGUUUUAUGUUUUCGAAAUAAAAUCAAUAUGAUAAAGUGACAAAGUCUGUUGUUUAACAC